AUGCAACCAGGGCAUUACUACUACGAUCGAUUGUUUCAAUUCGCGCAACCGGGAAUGGGCUCAUUGGAAUCGGCCAGUUACAGUCCCCAGUGUCAAAGCAGCUACAAUGGAACAAAAGCGGAUCAAGAAAACGAGAGCAAAUCCACGAUGAAAUACGAAGCGGAUGCCCUGGCCGAACUGCGCAACGACUCUAGCUGGAUUUAUAAACCAUGCAUGCCGGGAUCCGGUGGUCUGUUAAAUGAUCCCAGUUAUCCACCCCACAGUCAUCACGCACCACAUACCCAUGGUCAUACUCCUCACCAUCAUCAUCAUCAUCAUCAUCAUCCGCAUCAUCACCAUCAUCAUUUGCCACUUGUGAUGCUUCAGACAAACACCAAAUCGGACUACGAGAAGAAGAACUCGCACAAAACAAUUCUGUGUACUUCACCAACCACCUCAUCCUCCUCAGAAGACCAGUUGAAUCAAUGUGCAAACAGUUUGACAAACAGUUGCAGCAGCAGCAGUAGCACUAGUUGCAACAGUGCGGUUGGAUCCGGGGUUGGUGGUGGUGGUGGUGGUGGUGGUGGUGUCGGUGGUAGUACGACAACCACAAACUACCCUAGCAGUCCGGGUGAAUCGUCCAGCGAUCCAUGUGUGACCUUAUCAUUAGAACGUAGCUCGGGAAUUUCCACAAUUCCCCUGGAUACAGAUCCUCGACUCAGUGGUGUCAACGAACAAACAGCUGAUGUGGUUCAAACCAUUCAAGGCCCAACCGAACCCUCGUGUUCGUCCCACGGGAACCUUCCAACUACCGUACCGAAUUCAACGUAUCCUCAACCAGGCGGUCUUUGUGUUCCUCAUUCACAGUUAGUCGUUUACGAUUCCGAAAGUGGUCAAGCGGCCGACACUGAGAUUACCGCGAUGCAAUCUACUCGGGAGCAACAAGAACAACAACAGCAGCAGCAGCAGCAGCAGCAACAACAACAACAGCUACACACGGAUUCUAUGACUGACGGAGACGAGGACGACGAUGACGAUGACGUGGAUGAGGAUGAGGAUGAAGAGAUCAGUGAGGUGGAUUUGACUAGUGAAAUGGGAAAUUCCGUGCUGGAUAAACGGGGAAUCCUGACCGGUGCUGAUCAUUCCGCAUCGCAUGUGGAUGCUUCUGUGUCUUCCGGGAAAGAACCGGUCAACAGUGAUACCGAAUCGUGUCGAAAAUCUAGCACAAGUGAGUCUCUUCACAUUUCUGUUCCUUUUUCCGGAGGCGGGGAAGUAUGGGAUCACAUUUAA